GUCUGCAGUCGCGCACGCAUCCAAACUCCCGAGUCCUCUUGUGUGUCGCGACCUCCACUUCAGCUCCACACACCCCGCCCGCGAGGCUGCGAGCUAACACAAACCCCACACGGCCACACCUGAACCAUGGACUUCAGCGGUGAAAUCGACGACUUCUCCCUGCAGCUCAUCCGCGAGCAGCUUCUCGGCGGCGAGGCUAGCCUCCCCAUCGUUACUAACGCCGCGGCGUACUCUGCUUCGGUCGUUCACCAUCCCACGCAGGCGGAGUUCCACCAGCCCGCGGCGUUCUUGCCGCAGCCGUCGCAUGUUGCGUACGUGGACUUGACGAACGAGUACGCCGCGGACGCCACUGUCGCCUCGGCCGGCGGCGAGGCGGCCUUCCGGGCGGAGCCGGUGAUGAUCCGGUUCGGGGGUGAGCCUUCGCCGGUGUCCGACCCCAGCCGGAGGCCGCUGCUCACGAUCUCUCUGCCUCCGGCCUCGCACGCUUGGGGCCCGGCGGCCGUGCCGCUGGAGGCACCUGGCGCGGCGGCCCUGGACGCGAACGACUUCCGCAAGUACCGCGGCGUGCGGCAGCGGCCGUGGGGCAAGUUCGCGGCGGAGAUCCGCGACCCCAAGAAGCGGGGCUCCCGCGUGUGGCUCGGCACCUACGACACCGCCAUCGAGGCCGCGCGCGCCUACGACCGCGCCGCGUUCCGCAUGCGCGGCGCCAAGGCCAUCCUCAACUUCCCUAACGAGGUAGGCACCCGCGGCGCGGACUUCCUCGCGCCGCCGCCGCCGCCGCCGCAAGCCGCGGCAACGUCCCAGAACAAACGGAAGCUGAUGCACGACGCCGAGGCCACGGCCACGGCCGGGGCCGGAGCCGGAGCCGAGCCAGCCAAGUCCGUCAAGGCCGAGGCGUCCGGGUCGCCGGCGUCGUCGCUGUCUCCCGCGACAACGACCACCCCGGCCUCGACGGUGACGACGUGCUCUCCUUCGUCGGACGCUGGAGCCGGCCACGAGAUGUUUCCCGUGACGCCGUCGAGCUGGACGUGGGAGCAGCUGGAGGGCGUGUUCGGGAUCCUGUCGCCGCUCUCGCCACACCCGCAGCUCGGCUUCCCGGAGGUCACCGUUAACUAAGGGGACAUCGGUCAGUAAGCAUCAAUAGGUGUAAAGACGUUAAUAAUUGUUAGCGGUUUCUAGUUAUGGACGGACGGACCUGGCUUUGAACUCGUCUAGAGGAUUUGACGUAGCUUUUGGAGCUGCAUGUGUGUGUACAGAACGAUAAGAAAAAGGAGGCGAUAGAAUAUUUAUU